AUGGUUAGCCAUACUUUGAUUCUUUCCAAAAUCGUCGGCACUGUUUCUCUUGGUGCACUUGCCGGCACUCUCGCCACCUCGACAAACGUAUCGCUUCCAUUGCUUUUACUCACAUCGCCAAAGGAUGCUGGCGAGUACCUCAAAGCCUUGACUACCAAGACUGCUGCAAUUGUAAAACCUCUUUCCAUUGCAGCCUUUGGCUCCCUUACUAUUUCUUUCCUUGCUGCCGGCCCCGCAGGAAGACAUCCUUACCUUUUGUACUCGGCUUUGGCCAUCCCAAUAACAUAUGCUGUUGGCUACUUUAAGGGUCUGCCCGUUUACUCGUCGCUGGCGUCGAUACUUACCAAGUCCCCAGCUCCGGCUCCGGCUUCUGAAGCCCCUGCUGAGGAGCCAGCACAGGCUACUCCCUCUGAGGAGGAGCACUCUUCUCUUGACAAUUCAAUUUACAACAACAUCUCUAAAUCCGAUCUUGAGUCUUCCGAAGACGAGGCGACUCCUGAGCCUGAAAAGAAGUCUGCUGCUUCUCCCGAAACCGCACCAGCUUCAUUCAGCACCGAAGAUGUUUCUCCUCUCGUUCAAAAGCUUGUCAAGUACGGCCGGAUUGCCACAGGCGUCACCAGUGCAGCAUUUUUAAUUGUUACUGUUGGAAUUUAUGGCGACAUGAACUAA